GGAAAGUGUGCAACAUUGCCAGACCUACUGGCAAUUUCCCCUGUUCUUGCAUCAUUUGCUCUUGAUAUAAAGUGCCGGCAUCAGUGCGCAUGUUCCACUCCGCUUUUUGUGUCGUCGCUCCCUGUCCAUUGGCUCUCCCUCCGCUCUUAGCUCAGCCUUCACGCCGGACCAGCCUUCACACAGCAGAGUGCGUGCCCCAAACGAGCGUGUGUGAGUGUGCAUCGAAACCACGCUGCCUGGAACCGGACUCAGCUCCCCGAAGUGAAAAGAAGAUGGAGAAAAAGAGCGAGAUCAACGGGCACGCCAUGCCCAGCUCGGCCUCCACCGACCGGAUCCUGGAGAAAAGCGCGCAGAGGAGCUGCAAAGAGAAGCUGGUGGAGUUUCUGAGGAAGAACCUACUGGUGAUCAUGACCGUGUCCGGCGUCCUGGUGGGCGUCGGGCUCGGGAUGAUGGUCCGCAACAUGAACCUGACCAAGGCGCAGAUGACCUACUUCGCCUUCCCGGGAGAGAUGCUCCUCCGGAUGCUGAAGAUGAUCAUCCUGCCCCUGGUCGUAUGCAGCCUCGUAUCCGGCGCCGCCAGCCUGGACACCCGCUCCCUUGGCAAGCUGGGUGGCAUCGCGGUCGCCUACUUUCUGGUGACCACGCUGAUCGCCUCGGGUAUCGGGGUGGCCCUGGCUUUCAUCAUCAAACCCGGCGUGGGCGCAGGAGCCCUGAACAGCAACAACCUGGGACUGGAGAGCGUGAGCAGCAACAAAGAGACCGCCGAUUCGUUUUUAGAUCUCGCCAGGAAUUUAUUCCCAUCCAACUUGGUGGCUGCUGCUUUCCGUUCUUAUGCCACCGACUACAAGAUGGUCGCCGUAGGGAACGACACCAAUGGGACCACCCUCUAUCAAAAGGUGCCUGUUGGUACAGAACCAGAUGGCAUGAACAUCCUGGGUCUGGUGUUAUUCGCCAUGGUAUUUGGCGUGGCGCUGAGGAAGCUGGGAGAAGAGGGGGAGGAACUAAUUCGCUUCUUCAACGCUUUCAACGAGGCCACCAUGGUGCUGGUUUCCUGGAUCAUGUGGUACAUUCCUUUUGGCAUUAUGUUCCUGGUGGGCAGUAAGAUUGUGGAAAUGGAAGAUGUGGUACUUCUGGUCACUAGUCUGGGAAAAUACAUCUUUGCUUCAAUUCUGGGCCACAUUAUCCACGGAGGCAUCGUCCUGCCCCUCAUCUACUUCGGCUUCACGCGGAAGAACCCUUUCAGUUUCCUGUCGGGCCUCAUCACACCCUUCACCACUGCCUUCGCCACAUGCUCCAGUUCAGCAACUCUUCCCUCUAUGAUAAAAUGUGUUGAGGAGAACAACGGUGUGGACAAACGUAUCAGCCGCUUCAUCCUUCCCAUCGGGGCUACUGUUAACAUGGACGGCGCGGCCAUAUUCCAGUGCAUCGCCGCUGUCUUCAUCGCUCAGCUCAACAAUACAGAGCUGAACGCUGGACAGAUCUUCACCAUCUUGGUCACAGCCACAGCCUCAAGUGUUGGCGCAGCAGGCAUCCCUGCCGGCGGCAUCAUUACCAUUGCCAUCAUCCUGGAGGCCAUUGGCCUGCCGACCAACGACCUGUCCCUCAUGCUGGCUGUUGACUGGAUUGUCGAUCGUACCACCACAGUGGUGAACGUGGAGGGCGACGCUCUGGGCGCUGGGAUCCUCCACCACAUCAACCAACAGGAGAUGAAGAAGCAGCAGGAGCAGCAGCAGCAGCAGCAGGAGGAGGAGGAGCUGGCAGAAAUUCGAGUGGAAGCAGUGGCCAACGUCCAGGCGGAGGAGGAGACCUCGCCGCUCGUCACGCAUCAGACCAAAGCCUUGGGAGCCACGCCGGAAGCCAUUGAGUCUGUCCUGUGAACUGUGAACACUUUUCUUGUCCCCCUGACCUUCUGACAUUUCUGACGUUGCUGCUGUUGCACCAUUCUGACUCAGUGUCCAUUCAAGAAAAAACAAACACCUAGUGCUUUUGAAAUUGGGUUGCUUGGCCUAAUAUUACAGAACUGGGUUUCCAUGUGAGUAUUUGAAUGCAGAUUAGGACAUGAUCAAUUUGAGAAUUAUUUCAUUUUCAUUAUUCACUUUUGUCAGUCUAGCUAAAGAAAUGAUUUUCACUCGAUGCAAAUUUUUUUGGUAUUUUUAAAGCUUUUUGCAAAAAACUGAUAGAAACACAUUUUAUCUAAAAUUUCCCAAACACAUUCCCAUAAAUGUCGUAGCCCGUCUGUCUCAUGUACUGUAUGAGACGCUCACGACCGUAACGUUUGUACAUUACAACAUUAUCUAGUGCAUUUCUUUGUUCUAUCUUCAGACAGCAAGUACAGUGACCAACAUUAACUCCAGGAAACUAACAGCUUACCAAAUGCUGACAAGUCAAAGUUGAACAAAUGUUUUCCUGUCAUAACUUAAUUACAUGCUCAGGAUGCAUGUUAAGUCAUCUCAGCUCAGCUGGUGGAAUGUAUUCACAUUUCAGAGUCAAAUAAGAGAGGAACUGUUUGGUCCCAGGUUUAAAAUCAUUUUUUGUCACAAUUCAGCUUACAAGAUGUGCCCUGACUUGUUUGCUAACCUUCAGCACUCAAUGUCAAACAUUAACUCUUCAAAUAAGAGGUUAGGAAUUCGGCCAAACCUAUUUUCUUUUACAACCCUCAUGAACCUAUUUAAGUAAGGACACACUGUGUGGUGAAGUAUUUAGGAUGUUGACACAUUUGAUAUGGUGUGUUCAUCUAGUCUAAUGUGUCUAAUAUGUGUUAUGUUUUUCCAGACCUUUCCAUCACAUUUAUCCCUGAGUAAAUAGUCUUUUUCUCUAAAUCUCUGAUACCUUGGAAGACCUCAUGAAGCCAGAUGGCUACACGACAAGGUACAUAACGUUACCUGCCUUUGUUUCCCAGCUGAUAUCAGCAUUUUCCAAGAAUGUUUCUCUUUUUUUUCUGACAGCGACAGUUGCUUUCUAGAUUUGCUCCUGCAGUCAGCGUGCAUUAAUAAUGGCUACACACUAAACGUCCAGCCGUCUCAGCUGGCUAGCUCUCGAAAGUUGCAUUUGGGCAUUAGGAGUUUUUUUUAUUCGGUGAUUUGGCUGUGCAAAUUUUUGUGUAUUGGUAUCUUUUUUUAAUAUCUUUCAGAAAAUAUCUUAACAACAAAACAUUAGCGUUUCAACUUAUUUGUAAAAGGCAGCAGGUAGAUUUGUUGCUAAUUGCUUUUGAGCAAUACAUUGCCAGGAUUUUGUUUGUUUUGGGCUUGUUUGCCAGCUAAAGCAAAGCUAAACAUGCAGCUACCUGUUAGCUUUUGUAGGGUUAGAGUUAUUGGUUAACUUAAGCAAAGGAGCUAUUGAAAUGCAACCUGUUAUUAUUGCCCAAAAGCUGAAUACAUCCGAUUUGAGGGCAUCUUGAUGAGCUAUGGGAUCCUGUUAAAUACAUAGCUAUGGGACAUAAUUGCAGUUAAUUAAACAUUAGUUUGCAAGUACUGCAAACACACUUGUUUGUUUGACAUCAUGAAACACUCCAGCCUCCCAUUUAUUAAACAACAGAGAUUUGAUUUCUGGUUGUCAGUAAGGUCACUAGUUAUAGUUCUCAGAAAAUCUGCAAGGAAUUCACUUAAAAAUCAAAGCUUCAGCAAAUGUUUACACAAAUCCUGGACCAAAAUGCACGAUGAGUUCACAUCAUACUGUGUGUCAUGAGUUUGAAAAUGCAUCCUUUGAUUCGAGAGUGUUUUUUUUUCUCAGUGUUGUUUCAAAGGCUUGUAUCGUGAUAAUUAACCUUCGGUAGAGGUUAUGUGAUAUUCGUUAAUAUUUGUAACUGAAUUGUUUUUAAGACGUGAGGUGCAUCCCAAGCUAUGUCACGUUCCCUGACAUUUGACCAAAACCUCUACCUCUCUUAUCGACAAAAUCUCACAGCAGAUAUUAGCUCAAUGACUGAUAACUUACAGCAUAUUUCUAUUCAGUCUGUGUGAUAAAUUAGCUGUGGUUGCUAGAUAAUGGAGUAUUGGUCAGAAUAGUUGUAUACUGCCAGAUGCUUUUUCUUGAUUUAGGGAUACAAACUAUAGGAGUUGACUUUCCCCAUCUCAUAGCUAAUGUCCCUUCAGUCUGUUAUACUGUUAAAUAUGAAGGAAAGUGCCAAAUCUCUGAUAGUUUAGCAGACAGUUAGGUAUAGGUUAAGGAUGCAGCACUGAGCCUCUGCUGUCCUCUAGUGGUGACAAGCAUUAAUGACAACAGAAGUAGAAGUUCUAAACUGAAGGUGAUCGCUUCUUAGAGCUUGGUUGAACCAUUUUUGUGUCUCUUUGAACACUUGUGAGUCCUCGCCUGGCUUUGUUGGAUGAUGACUGUGCUAAUAUUUAUUGAAUCUGUUAUUUAACAAUCAAAGAAAACAACUGGUGAUUAGACUGUUCCAGUGACGUGACGUGUAUUUUAAAAUGAAGACCACUAAGAGAUGAGAGAACGUCAUGUAUAUGAAAACCUAAUUGCAUGUUGCUGUCAUCUAAUGUCUGAGAUGUUCAUUAUGGCGUGUUGGUGCUGCUUUAGUUUUGGAUCACGGUAUGUAUGUUCAAAUUUUAAAGAGGAAGUAAACUAAUAAGUUCUCACUCAUUUGAGAUCUAACAGAUGCCUUUUCUAAGCUAAAACCUGCUCUGUUAACCUCAAGCUGAGUAUAUUUUGUUCAGUGUAUCCUGUACAAUCAUUACAUAUAAUGUGGUAUAUGUACUAUAUACAAUAUAUAUUUGAUAUUAAUUUAUUUUUAAUUGUUUUAACUUUUUUGUAUUAUUUGUACUCUCAUGUUAACACUUCCUCUCAGUGUCAAAUUUUUUAUUGUUAUUAUGAUACAAUUUUUAAUGAAUCCUUCUGCCAGUGUUUCUGAUAACCUGUUGUUAGAAAUGUAUUUUAAUUUUAUUAUUUUUUAUUAUUUAGGAAUAGCUGCUACCUUGCCUGUGCCAUGUCUAUGUCUAACACUGUAAAGCUGUCUCUUUGCUGUUGGUCCUGCUGUCAACAUUAAAGGUGAUACAGUUAAUUUUUCAUGCAACCCAAAUGAAAACCUUCCUGUUUUCUGUUUUUUUAUUAGGUCAUAUUCUUAUUCAGUUUGUUACGAAGGAGAUCUAUGUAAACACAUGCCUUUUCUAGAGCCACAAGAAGAUUUGAUGCUAUUUUAAUAUUGGUCAGUACUUACAGUAUGAAUGAUUACUUGGCCUGAUACUGAUUUUUUUCUGGUCUGACAAAAUGUCACAAUUUCUGUGCACACUUUGAGCAGUCAUUCUCUGUUGAACACACAAGGUAUUUAUCCAUCUUUUG